CGUGACAAUGUCUGCUCAGAUUUACGACAGGAUUGGUGUAAGUAAGCUAAACAGUCUAGCUAAUAUCUGCUAUUUUCACACACUUCACAAUAUACGGUACAUGUACAGUAACGUCAUACAUGUACUGUAGUUAUUUUAUUUCAUUUACAAGGCCUAAGAUUAUGAAAUAGUUAUUACGUAUGUACAAGUACAGCACGGAUUCAGCUCUGACCGACGAUAAGAUACCACUUCAUGUCAAUAAAUAGGACACCGGCAAAGUGUUUACUCAUAGGCCUAAUAUUGAUUGCCAUCAUGUCUUCACAGAAUUGAUAAAAGUGGGAAGCGGGGCGAUAAAAAGGGACGACACCAUUUGUUACUGCAUAACAAACCAAUACGAUGGCAGUGGAGUCUGGGGAGAACCUAGCUAGCGAACUCAUACGCUCCUUUCUGACGCUUGAGAAAAUAGAUGUGAAUAUAUUCCGAGCUUCCCCUAUAAAUCUCUGGAAGCCUAUCGCUGGACGAUUUGUGUUUGGAGGACAGGUGGUAGGUCAAGCCCUGGUGGCCGCAUCUAAAACUGUGACUGAAGAUCAUCAUGCCCACAGUCUACAUUGCUACUUUCUCAGGGGAGGUAAUCCUAAUCGACCAAUUCUGUACCAUGUGGACCGCACACGAGACGGUCAGACUUAUUCAUCACGUAACAUCAAGGCUACUCAGGAAGGUGUCCCAAUCUUCACUAUGCAGGCCUCUUACAAGACAGAGGAAGUAGAUGAGCUACAACACCAGUUUACCAUGCCAUCCGUCCCUGGGCCUGAAGAACUCAAAGAUUCUGAAGACUUCCUGAGAUCACAGCUCAA